AAAUAACGUUUCUCCCUCCCUCCCUCCCUCACUCCAGUUUAAUUCAGUCAAAUCAUACCGCCCUGGUAGCUACAUGCGUCUUUUAUAAGAGCGAAGUUAGCACCUUUGGUUGUUCUUUAAGCUCUGGAAAAGACAAGAACAUCUUGGGGGGGAGUCGUCUCUUAACCGAAAUUAGCUAACGUAUCGGCAAACGAACUGCAGCGACCCCGAAAACACACAGAAAUGGACGAAAAGGCGUUUACGAAGGAACUUGAUCAGUGGAUCGAGCAGCUCAACGAGUGCAAGCAGCUGUCGGAGGGACAAGUUAAAUCGCUAUGUGAAAAGGCAAAGGAGAUCCUGACCAAGGAAUCAAACGUCCAGGAGGUGAGAUGUCCGGUGACAGUCUGUGGCGAUGUGCACGGGCAGUUCCAUGACCUCAUGGAGCUGUUCAAGAUCGGAGGGAAAUCUCCUGACACAAACUAUUUGUUCAUGGGAGACUAUGUAGACCGAGGGUACUACUCCGUAGAAACCGUCACUUUACUAGUAUCACUUAAGGUACGCUACCGUGAACGCAUCACAAUCCUCAGAGGGAACCACGAGAGCAGACAGAUCACACAAGUGUACGGCUUCUAUGACGAGUGCCUACGGAAAUAUGGUAACGCCAACGUUUGGAAGUACUUCACAGAUCUGUUCGAUUAUCUCCCCCUCACUGCCUUGGUAGACUCUCAGAUUUUCUGCCUUCAUGGAGGCCUGUCACCGUCCAUAGAUACUUUGGAUCACAUCAGAGCACUGGACCGCUUACAGGAAGUGCCACAUGAGGGUCCCAUGUGCGACCUGCUGUGGUCGGACCCUGAUGACCGCGGCGGCUGGGGCAUCUCCCCACGAGGAGCUGGCUACACUUUCGGCCAGGACAUCUCUGAGACGUUUAACCACGCCAACCGCCUCACACUGGUGUCUCGUGCCCACCAGCUGGUUAUGGAGGGUUACAACUGGUGCCAUGAGAGGAAUGUGGUGACAAUAUUUAGUGCUCCCAACUACUGCUACCGCUGUGGCAACCAGGCAGCUAUCAUGGAAUUAGACGACACCCUCAAAUACUCAUUCUUGCAGUUUGAUCCUGCGCCACGCAGAGGGGAACCUCAUGUCACUCGCCGCACCCCAGAUUACUUCCUGUAAACUCUGACCUUUGACCCUUGUACAGUCAGGUCCAAUAUUGCCAUGAUAUAUAUGACCUUCAACCGAUAACAACAUGAAUGAGGAAGGGGAGGGUGGGAGACUUGGGUGGGCUACACAGCAGUGCACGUUGUAUAUCCACACAAAGACCUAUUUAAGCAUUUAGCAAAAAACAAUGUCUGUGUGUCUGAGUGGACCAAAAGGUGUGUGCCAUAAUCAUUUCAAAAUUCAUUGCUGAGGACUUUAUUGAAAAAUUCCCCCACUAUGUAAAACAACGGUGAUGUUUAAAUUCCUCAUCCUGUACCUGUGUAGCUGGACUGAUGGCACUGAGGUCUAAGACAAAAAUUUGCUACUUCAAAUGUGGUUGUUUGAACCCCACAUGCCAUGGCUUGUAUUUAGGAGAUCUGAACAUCUGUUUGCACUUUUUGUAAAUCUUAAGAAAUGUAACAUAUGUCAAAAGAUGAAAAUUAUUUCACACUACAGAUGGUUUUUGUUUUGUUUUUUUGAUUUUUAAAAAAAGUACAAAUAAAAAGCCCCCAUUAGGCAAGUUUUACACAUGUUUUCCUUGCCUUGUGCAACUUUAGAGGAAUACUCUUCUUAUGCAGUCACCCAGCUUGGUGUAUAUGAUAGGAAGGAGUGUUCAUCCACAUCAAUUCACUGACUCCCUCUGAACUACAGAGUCUGUAUUAACCGAACCAUUUGAAUAAUAAAGAUGAAGGUGGCUCCUUGAUGUGAAA